AUGAAACAUCUUGCUGCCUAUUUAUUACUUAAUCUCGCCGGAAAAACUCCUAAAGCCAAAGACAUCAAAGAACUUCUUGAUAGCGUUGGCAUUGAGGGAGAUGAUGAUAGGAUUAAAAGUUUACUUUCUGAACUAGACGGUAAAGAUAUCGAUGAGCGCUAA